AGUCAGAUCUCGGUGCUGCAGAACCGCAUUGAGCAGCUGGAGCAGCUGCUGGAGGAGAACCACGAGAUCAUCAGCCACAUCAAGGACUCAGUGCUGGAGCUGACGGCCCACGCAGAGGGGCAGCCGGCAUCGCCCCGCCACAUGCCCAAUGGCUCCUGGGUGCUGCCCCCUGAGAGUCGCCCGAGCUUCCUCUCCAUCUCCCCACAGGACUGCCAGUUUGCCCUGACGGGCAAGGGCCAGAGCCCAGACCUGCAGAUGCUGGCUGUGUACUCCCUGCUGCCCUUUGACAACCAGGAUGGUGGCGUGUGGAAGCAGGGCUUCGAUAUCACUUAUGAGCCCAAUGAGUGGGAUGCUGAGCCCCUGCAGGUGUUUGUGGUGCCACACUCCCACAACGACCCAGGCUGGAUCAAGACCUUUGACAAGUACUACUAUGACCAGACGCAGCACAUCCUCAACAGCAUGGUGCUGAAGAUGCAGGAGGACCCACGCCGGCGCUUCAUCUGGUCCGAGAUCUCCUUCUUUUCCAAGUGGUGGGACAACAUCAGUGCCCAGAAGCAGGCUGCGGUGCGGAGGCUGGUUGGCAACGGGCAGCUGGAGAUGGUGACAGGUGGCUGGGUGAUGCCUGAUGAGGCCAAUUCCCACUACUUUGCCAUGAUCGACCAGCUGAUCGAGGGGCACCAGUGGCUGGAGAAGAACAUUGGUGUGACGCCUCGGUCGGGCUGGGCCGUCGACCCCUUUGGGCACAGCUCCACCAUGCCCUACCUGCUAAAGCGCUCCAACCUGACGGGCAUGCUCAUCCAGCGCGUGCACUAUGCCAUCAAGAAGCACUUUGCUGCCACCCAGAACCUGGAGUUCAUGUGGAGACAGACAUGGGACCCAGAUGCCAGCACCGACAUCUUCUGCCACAUGAUGCCCUUCUACAGCUACGACGUACCGCACACCUGUGGGCCAGACCCCAAGAUCUGUUGCCAGUUUGACUUCAAGCGCCUGCCGGGUGGCCGGAUCAACUGCCCGUGGAAGGUGCCUCCCCGAGCCAUCACUGAUGCCAACGUGGCAGAGCGAUCCCAGCUGCUGCUGGACCAGUACCGCAAGAAGUCCAAGCUGUACCGCAGCAAGGUGCUGCUGGUGCCCCUGGGAGAUGAUUUCCGCUACGACAAGCCACAGGAGUGGGAUGCUCAGUUCCUCAACUACCAGCGCAUCUUUGACUUCCUCAACUCCCGGCCCAACCUCCAUGUCCAGGCACAGUUUGGGACACUCUCUGACUACUUUGACGCUCUGUACAAGAAGGUGGGCAUCGUGCCGGGGAUGAAGCCACCUGGGUUCCCAGUGCUGAGUGGGGAUUUCUUCUCCUAGGCGGACCGGGAGGAUCACUACUGGACAGGCUACUACCCCUCCCGGCCUUUCUACAAGAGCCUGGACCGGGUGCUGGAGGCCCACCUCCGGGGGGCAGAGAUCCUGUACAGCCUGGCACUCGCCCACUCCCGCCAUGCUGGUGCUGACGGCAGGGUUCCCACCUCCGCCUAUCUUCUGCUGAGCAAUGCCCGCCGCAACUUGGGCCUCUUCCAGCACCAUGAUGCCAUCACCGGCACUGCCAAGGAGGCUGUGGCAGUUGACUAUGGAGUCCGGCUGCUCCACUCUCUCACAAACCUCAAGCGUGUCAUCAUCAAUGCUGCGCAUUACCUCGUGCUGGGGGACAAGGACACCUACCACCACGACCCCACUGCACCCUUCCUUGGCAUGGAUGACACGCGCCCCAACCAGGACUCCCUCCCGGAGAGAACAGUUGUCAAACUGGAUGCCUCACCCCGGUUCCUGGUGGUGUUCAACCCACUGGAGCAGGAGCGCCUGAGUGUUGUGCCGGUGCUGGUGGACUCCCCAAAUGUGCGUGUGCUCUCUGAGGAGGGGCAGCCCCUGCCUUCCCAGCUCAGUGUGCACUGGGGCUCCGCCACUGACGUGGUGCCUGACGUCUACCAGGUAUCUGUCCUGGCCCGCUUGCCUGCACUGGGGCUGCGUGUGCUGCAGCUGCACAAGUCCUUUGACAGCCAUGCCGCACUGAAGUCCUCCGUGCGCCUCUACCUGCACGGCCGGGACUUGCCUGUGCACAAGCAGGAGGCUAUACCCAUGCACAUCUUCCCGGCCACCGCUGAGGACUUCUGCCUGGAGAACCAGCACCUGCAGGCCUGCUUCUCAGGACGCUCGGGCCUGCUGCAGAGCAUCCGCCGAGCUGGAGAGGAGCGGGAGCAGAGGGUGAGCAGCAAGUUCCUCGUCUACGGCACCAGGACCUCCAAGGACAAAAGUGGAGCCUAUCUCUUUCUGCCUGAUGGCGAGGCCAAGCCCUACGCCCCCAAGGACCCCCCAGUAGUGCGGGUGACAGAGGGACCCCUCUUCUCAGAGGUCGCCAGCUACUACCAGCAUGUCCAGACUGUGGUGCGGCUUUACAACGUGCCAGGGGUGGAGGGCCUGUCCCUGGACAUGUCUUGCCUGGUGGACAUCCGUGACCACAUCAACAAGGAGCUGGCCCUGCGCUUCAGCACUGACAUUGAGAGUGAUGACACCUUCUUCACAGACCUCAAUGGUUUCCAGAUCCAGCCCCGCAGAUACCAGGGGAAGCUGCCGCUGCAGGCCAACUUCUACCCCAUGCCUGCCAUGGCCUACAUCCAAGACACGCAGAGCCGCCUGACGCUGCACACAGCCCAGGCCCUGGGGGUCUCCAGCCUUGGCAGUGGCCAGCUGGAGGUGAUCCUGGACCGGCGCCUCAUGCAGGAUGACAACCGGGGCCUGGGCCAAGGGCUGAAGGACAACAAGCGGACCUGCAACCGGUUCCGCCUCCUCCUGGAGCGCCGUGCCACUGCCAACAAGGAUGGCCGCCCGAUCAGCUUCCCCUCCCUGCUGAGCCACAUCACCUCCAUGCACCUGAACGCCGAGGCCCUGGUCAUGCCCGUGGCCCAGGAGAAGCCAGCCCCGCCAGCCCUGCGCUCAUUCGUGCCCCUUUCCACCACUCUCCCCUGUGACUUUCACAUCCUCAACCUGCGGAUGCUGCAGGCAGAGGAUGACUCGCUACCCUCAGCUGAGGCAGCCCUGAUCCUGCACCGCAAAGGCUUUGACUGCAGCCUGGAGGCCAAGAACCUGGGGUUUAACUGCACCACCAGCCAGGGCAAGCUGGCCCUGGGCAGCCUGUUCCAGGGGCUGGAGCUGGGCUCACUGCAGCCCACCUCGCUGACCUUGAUGUACCCGCUGGGCAUGGCCUCCAACAGCACCAACAUCCACCUGGACCCCAUGGAAAUAGCCACUUUCCGCAUCCGCCUGGGGUAG